ACAAGCUCUAGCAUCCAAUGCUUCUGGCUCGAGCAAACUAAUGACUAUAUGAGAAUCUAAGUAACUUUUUCUUGCUCCCUCAGACUCCAGCAUCUUACCCGCUGAUCAAGACCAGUGGAAAACACCCAAGUUGCAUCUGUCCAAACAGCUUCAUAAAGUAUGACAUAAUGUCAAUUGUCAGUAUCAUGAAUGCUUUCUGAAUCCCUCUUAAGGAAGACCUUGCUAAGAGGGAACAAUUUGCUCAGAAGUUUGCAAUGGUAGCCUCGAAAGAUAACAGUCAUAAAGUUCGCUAAUUCAUUUAAACUUGAGAAGGAUAAUUGCAGUACAGAAGACAUGUAAUGUGGUCGUAAAUUUAUAUGGUUUUCCAAUUCUUAUGCAUAGGUACAAUCUGAAGCUCACAGAAUGCAGAUAGUGAUUAGUAACUAGAGGUGGGUAGAACAUGGACCGACAGGGGUAAAUUAAAACCAGCAACUCAGACAUGCUAAUUAAAAUUCACUAAUAAGGAUUUAUGCAAGGGUCAUUCUGAGGGAAGGAAGACUCUGAAUUCCCAAAGGAAAUUUAUGCAUAUCCCACUUAGUUUGAGGAAUUUAUAACAGUACCGGAAUGUUUUAAGCAAUUUCAAUCAGAAGCAAAAUUUAGCAUUCACCUUUUACAGUAAUGACAACCAACUGAAACACUAAAACUAAUCUGCUUUAAUCAUCAAAUCCAAAUAUGCAAUAUAAGGACAUUAAUCUUAAAAAUAAAACUUUCGCACUUGAAAAAUAGGAGACAGAAUAGAUGUCAUAUGGAUUCACAUCCAUACAACAUGUCCUAAUUCCUAUAUUCAUGCACUGUUGGUUCCACGAGAGCUUUGUUGCUACUUUUCUUAGUUUUAACAACUCAAGGGCUCUUAUUACAUAACUUGAACUCUAGGGACAAUGAAAUAACUUGCAUACUUCACAUAAUUUUAGGCACUUCAAACUUGUUUCAAUCUAUAAGAGUGGUCACAAUCCAAGUUCUUCUCAUAAUUUCAAAGUGUCAAACUUUAUAAAUAACAAACAAAUGUGUUCAAUUAGUGAAGAACAAAAUCUAUAAACCUUACAGUAUCAGAGAAUACAACAACAACAACAAAAAACACCUUUAUAGAGAUAGGGAGUUUUUGACCUUGAACCUUCUCUAGUGAAAUAAAAACGUGCUUCAAAUGAGAUUUGAGCACGACUCAAGCUCGUGACAACCGAAGUUUUUACCUAGCCAAACCGAGCUCGAAUAUCUUGGUUCGUGUACAACCCUAGCUAGUACAAGAAAGGUUGGUAGAACUAAGAGUAGCUUGUUAUUUUUGGGGAUGCCAUAUUUAUUGCCUCAUCAGACCUAAAUAUAUGGUAGAUUAGGUUUUCCACUUAUUCACACCCCCAUUUUUAAAAGAUGAAGUUACUCAAUGACAAUGACAAAUAGUAUUUUGAGGGCUAGAUUUUGAAGUAUAAUGUAUCUGCUGAAUCCUCUACACUGCCACGCUGGUUUUUAACUGUAUCAUAGUGUAAUAAGCCAAUAUUUCUCUCUUACUCAGUUCCCUAUAAAAAUCAAACUGUGCAAAAUUGUAGAUCUAAAUAGGAUCACGUGAAUCAAAUUGAUAACUAAGAAUCACGAAAUCCCCUAAUGAUCUCAAGACAAUCCAAUGAAUCCAUUAAAAGCUUUCACUGAUUGGCUGGGAAGUGAUUAAGAUUUUUGAGUCAUUUUCAUCACCUCCUGAACCAAUGAAGAUAAAGGAGCAGAUCCACAUGGAUAGGAAUGUGGACCUACCAGACCCUUCAUAAGAGAAACCAUCUAUACCCAUUAAAUUCAUUCAUUCAUCAAACACCACAUUAACUGAACAGCAGCACCCACAUCCUCAAGACAUGGCAACUGUUACUCUCUCAUCCACAUUCACAGGCAAAGUCAUUCCUACGAACGCACAGAAAGAAUUUCUAUCAGCAAUCCCCAGCAGCAAUGGUAGAAUCUCAAUGAGGAAGACAGCGGGAAAGGCAGCUGCCUCCUCUGGAAGCCCCUGGUAUGGCCCUGACCGGGUCAAGUACCUUGGACCUUUCUCUGGUGAGUCUCCAUCCUACCUUACCGGAGAGUUCCCUGGCGAUUAUGGAUGGGACACUGCAGGUCUAUCAGCUGACCCAGAAACCUUUGCCAAGAACAGAGAGCUUGAGGUUAUUCAUUCUAGGUGGGCAAUGCUUGGGGCUCUGGGAUGCGUUUUCCCAGAACUCCUUGCCAGGAAUGGGGUCAAGUUUGGUGAGGCAGUAUGGUUCAAGGCUGGUGCUCAAAUCUUCAGCGAGGGUGGCCUAGACUAUCUGGGGAACCCCAGUCUAGUCCAUGCUCAAAGCAUUUUAGCCAUUUGGGCUACUCAGGUUAUCCUCAUGGGAGCCGUUGAGGGUUACCGUAUUGCAGGAGGACCUCUCGGAGAGGUCACUGACCCUCUGUACCCAGGUGGCAGCUUUGACCCCUUGGGGCUUGCUGACGACCCAGAGGCAUUUGCAGAGCUUAAGGUGAAAGAGCUUAAAAAUGGACGCCUUGCCAUGUUCUCCAUGUUUGGUUUCUUUGUGCAAGCUAUUGUCACAGGAAAGGGACCUCUAGAGAACCUGGCCGAUCACCUUGCAGAUCCUGUGAACAAUAAUGCCUGGGCUUAUGCAACAAACUUCGUCCCUGGGAAGUGAGAUUGCAAUCUGGAAAAGGGAAAAAGAAGAACAUAUGCUAAUAUGUUUGUCAUGUAAAAACAGUUUGAACAUUACUACCUGAAAUAUUGGCACGAAUAGUUCAAAAGGUAAGACUAAGCUUUUAUUAA